AGCAGCGCCAGUGAGCGUGGCGAGAGCGUAGCGGCGAGGUUCGGACCUGCCUGCGGACAGUCGCCCGCGCGUCUUGAGAUGAGCCUCCCACGACGACCCGCCCUCCGCGACAGGAGACCGUCUUGAGAACAUACAACAAUAUCUCUCCAAGACAUUUUUAUUUUAAAUUUUUAUGUGCGGUGUUUUUUCGGUUGUCGGACGUGUGCGUGUGCGCGCGUGUCUUCAGUCACGGUAGGAAGCAGGCGCCGUCGAAGACACCAGAAGGUUGGUGGUUGACCGUCGAGGACACCAGAAGGUUGGUAGUUGACUGUGGAAGACACCAGAAGGUUGGUGGAUGAACGUCGAAGACACCAGAAGCUUGGUGGAUGACCGUCGAAGACACCAGAAGCUUGGUAAAUGACCGUCGAAGACACCAGAAGGUGUGUGGUUGACAGUCGAAGACACCAGGAGGUUGGUGGAUGACCGUCGAAGACACCCGAAGGUUGGUGGUCAACCUUCAAAGACACCAGAAGGUUGGUGGUUGACCGUUUAAGACACCAGAAGGUGUGUGGUUGACCGUCGAAGACACCAGAAGGUUGGUGGAUGACCGUCGAAGACACCAGAAGGUUGGUGGUUGACCGUCGAAGACACCAGAAGGUUGGUGGAUGACCGUCGAAGACACCAGAAGGUUGGUGGUCGACCGUCGAAGACACCAGAAGGUUGGUGGAUGACCGUCGAAGACACUAGAAGGUUGGUGGAUGACCGUCGAAGACACCAGAAGGUUGGUGGAUGACCGUCGAAGACACCAGAAGGUUGGUGGUCGACCGUCGAAGACACCAGAAGGUUGGUGGAUGACCGUCGAAGACACCAGAAGCUUGGUGGAUGACCGUCGAAGACACCAGAAGGUGUGUGGAUGACCGUCGAAGACACCAGAAGGUGGUGGUCGACCGUCGAGGACACCAGAAGGUUGGUGGUCGAGCGUCGAGGACCCAGCUUCCCCCGCGGGUCGUGUUGCCGAGGGGAGACGAAGGACGAGGGGCGCGGGGCGGCGGGAAUGGACGCCGGCUCGUGCUGCGUGCUGAGGCCCACCGCCGCGGUAGGCCUGGAUGACGACCACGACCAGAUAGUGCCCGACCACCCCGUGGACGCAGGCGGAGGAGGCUGGGCGGCCGGACAGAACUACCUGCUCGACACGUGGUUACAGAUGCAGGCGAGCGACUUCGACGCCUUCCUGUGCAAGCAGGAGCUGGAGCGGCUGCAGCGACUCGAAGACCCGCCGGCGCCGGAGGACGCGAAGCCGCGGCGGGAGUCUGCCUCGCAGAUGGACCAGUUCUUCGAGGUUCCAGGUCAUCACCACCCCCACCACCACCUCCACCUCCACCACGCCGGCAUGAGGCACCCGCACCCGGCGGCCGGCAUGAGCUUCGUCUCCCCCAGGACCAUGGCGGGGCAGCACCCAGAGGACGACGUGUUCCUCAGGCCGCCGCUCUGGGAGGACAUCACCUCCAGCAUCCAGAAGCUGGACCCGGAGAACGCCGAGAUGCUGGCGGCCGCGUCGACCGUCGUCAAGGUGGAGGCGCCCGACGAGCUGCUCGCCGCCCCCGUGGAGGCGGAGCGCCCGCCGCCCCCACCGGCGCUGCGGGGCGGGGCCUUGCACUUCAAGUGCGCCGCCGCGGUGCCACCCCCUACGAGGCCGGCGUACGCGCCGCCCCUCACGCCGCCCGCGUCCGAGCCCGGGUCCCCGGGGGCGGGCAACCUGCCGCGCCGCACGCCGCCCCCGCCCUACCCCGCCCCUGCUUCCGCCGCCGCCGCCGCCGGCGCCAAGUACAACCGCAGAAACAACCCGGAGCUGGAGAAGAGGAGGAUACACCACUGCGACUUCGUGGGCUGCACGAAAGUGUACACGAAGAGCUCACACCUGAAGGCACAUCAAAGGAUUCACACGGGGGAGAAGCCGUACAAGUGCCAGUGGCCCGAGUGCGAGUGGCGGUUCGCGCGCUCCGACGAGCUGACGCGCCACUACCGCAAGCACACGGGCGCCAAGCCCUUCAAGUGCCUGGUGUGCGACCGCUCGUUCGCGCGCUCCGACCACCUGGCGCUGCACAUGCGGCGCCACCAGCCCAAGGCGCCCAAGUGACGUCGCCCUGUCCCUACCCCCUGGAGACCCCCCAUCGGCCCCUCGCUGGCUGCGAGCCUUCACGACCUCGACGACCUCCAGCCACGGAGGGCAACUGUGUGUAGAGCCUCGUUCUCAUUCCCUCACCAGUCUUCAUUAACAAAGGAAGAGUUUGUCUGUGGCUUUAUCGUGAAGACCGUGACGCCCAGAGUACUUCGGUAUCCUCCAAGGGUUUCCGUUCGCACCUCGAACAGAUAUCUCAUUUUAAGCGAUUUACGGACCCCACGUCCCCCCCAGGGUCAUCACUCUUCUUCUUGGCAACGGCCGUUGCAGUUCUUGACGAUGGCUUUCUUCCGUGUCCUGGCCAUUGGUUAGAUAAAUGCCUAGUUUUUUUUUAUAUAUGAGCAGCGCGAGUUGUGUUCUGACCUUUGCACUGUCCGCAGCGAAGCGGUUUUUUUUAUUAUUGUCGUUAAAGGUUCUCGUCCGAAUUCACUCUCAAAUUCACCCCGUAGGGAUUGGUCUAGAAACUUCCGUAAAGAUGAAGCGGAAAUUAUUUAAUUUAUAAAAAAAAAUCACUAGCUGCAGUAUUUGACGCUGCCCGGGAUUAAUAAAACCAUGUCAAGUCUGCAGGACAUGAACUUGAGAGCCGUGAAGUUUUUAACCUUUAAUGCCAGCACAACCUGAGAUGCAGAAAGCAUCAACAAUGCAGAAGCCGCUGCCAUUGAGACGAAGAAAGCAUCAACAAUGUAAUAGCAUUAAAAAAAAAAAAGAAGGAAAUUUUGAUCUUUAACGACCUCGCAUCCCCUUUCUUUUAGCGGAUUUCUACGUAGCCAAAAGGAAUAUACUUGCCGAAUUUUCGAGUCUGUAGGUCGUAUAGUUGCUGAGAAUACGUGAUGAGUUGAGUCAUUGAGUGGUAUUUCGCUUCACACAAAAUUUACCAGCCCUUUUCAUCCCGUUAGAGACGGGAUUUCAAAAAAUCCUUCCUUAAUGCAUCCCUAGGGUACUCAAGGAAUAUUUCCUCCAAAUUUCAAAUAUCCAAGUCCACCGGUUUAAGCCGAGCGUUGUCUGUCAUUCAGUCAGUGUUGGAGUUUUAUUAAGUGAUCAUGGUCAAAUUCCCCAGUUAUUUUGUACGUAGGGACAGGGGAAAAAAUUAAACGAACUGUCAUUAGACUGCAAUAAAUGAUGCCUGCGACAGUGGUUUCUACAUUGUGAUUGACGGCCAUCUGCAAGAAUGCCUUUUGCCUUAUAUGGGCCUAAGCCAUUCAGGAAGCAUAAGCUGUCGUAAAAAAAAAUUCCUGAUAUUCGUGGCUAACAGUAAAAGUGCACUUAAAUUACAGGUGUAAUUAUCAUGGGAUGGUGCCACUCACCUGUUGGAUAUAUAUAAACUAGUUGCCAUAAUAUUAUUUUCUUGUAAAUCUGAAAACAUAAAGAGUUUAAAUGGAGUAAUACUUUCCUUUGAGAUAGCCUAUACUAAAUUAAUGGUUGACAAAAAUAAGCAACCAUUGUAGUCUUACAAGUUAUGAUAAAAAAAAGAGUUAGGUUCAGCAUACAAUUUGUACUGUUUGGCGAAUUGUGCCAUUUUUUAUACGUUCAGGUCUAAAGUUUCAGGUUUACGACCAUACGAAUGUAACUAUGACCGCAUCAAUUCAGAUACAAUAAAUAACAAUUUCAAACCAAGCGAGUUCAGACAAGGGUCACAAUUCGAUAUCGAACAACUAAAUAAAUAUUACGAUCAACAAAGCCGAUUUUGUUCUGCAGAAUACAUAUGUUAACUCUUCAAAUAUACUUUUUUUGUACGAGGUUGCUUAAUAUCUUUUUUUUUUUUUAAAAAAAAGCCCAUGACAAGGUUGAAAAUACUCGAGGAAAUAAUAUUUGUUUUUUUGCGAAACAAUUCUUUCUCUCAGUGAACGAUGCAUGACACACAAGGUGUUCCGAACAAACACUACAAAAAAAAAGAGACGUCAAAGACACGUUUGUGACUCCAUCUCGGCUUUUCAAAAGCCUUCGAAGACGCUCCUUAAGUAUACAGGUUAUCACACGCCAUGUUGAUUUUUUUUUAUUUUUUUUUUUAUUUUAUCGUCGGUAUUAUAUUAUUUAAGGGCUAUUUCUAAAAUGUUAACACGAUGCCUCCCUUGUAAUUUGUUGUUUUGUCACUGAUAUAUUCCACAGAUUUUCUCUAAAUUUAAUACACCCAGGAUCACAAAAAUCGUACCCAUUGAAAAGAUGUUAUUUAAAGUUUGAAAGGUGAUUAAAUCUACUUAAAUAAUAAAUAAUUGUCAUGUAGUUUUGUUUAUCAGUGGUUUUUUUAAAAAAGGAGGGGGGGGGGGGGAGUUGAUGUGUGGGCUUCUCGCCGGCCACUGCUUAACAGUGAUGCCAACCCCUUGCUGAUAGUUCCUUGUAGUUCAUGCGGUGUCGUGCAUCAGAUCAUCUUAUUGCUUCUUUAUUAUAUUUAUCUCUUCUACCCAAGAUGUAAUCCCUGGUUGGGGUUUGCUUAGGUUUUUACACAUAGGCCUAAUGUAUAUAUAGAUUAUAUUUCAUAGUCCCUUGGAACCCCGUCUGGGCUGGAUGCGUUGGCUCGGGGGAGACUUUAACGCUUGAAACCUAUUUUCCAACAUGUGCCAUUUUUGUGACUCCCAAGUGUGUGAUGGGUGUAAAAAGUCGCGCAACUAAAAAUAGUUACGAGCAAUAACGCGUUUUUUUUUCAAACUACACAUAGUUAAUAUCUUAUUAAAAUAUUUGUAACCAAACGACAAAUGCAAGGAAGGUAUCAUGUUGAAAUUUCAGACGGAGCCCAUACAUAAUAGUAAUGGUGAUAACUUUUAAAAUAAAUAAAUAAAUCAACAUGGUGUGUAAGAUUCAGCCUUAAGUUAUUUAUGGUUCGGUUAACGUAUUUAAGGAUUUUACCAAAGGAAUUCAAAUUUUAAAAAAAAUAAUAGCGCUUUUAACUCAUUAUACGUGAUACAAGUGAAACUUCUUUGACAAUUAAAACCUCGAGUCGUAAGUAUAUCAUAAGGGGAAAAACGACAGGAAAAGAGACAGAGAAAUAACAUACAAUUUUUUUGAAUAAACAUGAAUUAACAAAUUAUUUUCUCACUUCAAAAUACGUUCAAACCCAGUUGUGUGGCCCUCAGCCCAAAUACUCCCUUACUAGAUGCCAGCAAGUUAGGGUGACGUCAGGCGCAGGCUGGUCCCUACCACUGCGACCCGCCUAUCCCUGCAGCGUGGCAGGUUUCAACCUGAGCCGCACGCCGCCACGCGGAGCCCGCGGCCCGCCCAGUUCUCUGCACCGUCCGCAACCUAUUCUCCGUUCUUUUCGCGCCAAAAAACGUUGCACAGCAAUGUUUCACGAAAACGCUGCAUUAAAAUUGGGCAUAGAAAUUUACUGUUUUCUCCCAUCGCGUUCAAAGAAGUUUCACUUCAAAAUUAGGUUCCUGUGAAAUACGUGAUCCCGAACAGUUGAUCCACCUUGCCAUACUUCUUUUUUUCCUGGAUUUCUUCCUCGUCUAGGGAAACUCCGUCGAUAAGUCAUGGCUGUCCAGCUUCUCAGUGCUUGGGUGGCACAGCUGUCAUCAUGCCUAUGCCAAUGGGAGUUAUCAAGAGGGAUGCUUAUGCCAAAAAAAAAGUUGCGCUGUUUUUAAGUAACUCAAUGGACGAGGUAACUACUUCUUGAUAAAAAAAAAAAAAAACAGAACUCAAGACCACUUUUGUACUACUUUUGUAAGGAUUUCUGCCAUUCAUCGAUGCCAUUUUUAAAGACCAGAAUAGUGUGUUACAUUUUUUUUUAGAAAAUAUUUUUUUACUAAGUGCCAAAUCGAAUGUGCCUUAAAUAUUUGUGGCUUCCUGAGUAGUAUUUUAUACGUAUGAAAUGUUAUUUUCUUACUAUUUUUGUGUGUUGAAGCCAAAGUAUUAUAUCUGAAAGAGAAGAGAUGAACAGUGACAGAAACUGUCAAACUUAUGAAAUGUUACACAUGCAUCUUUUCUUUCAGUACUGUUAUCAUUGCCUCUUUUAAUUAUUAAAUGCAGCCAUUGAUUUGUGUGUAUAAACUGUAAAGACGAUAGUCAAUGUUAUCGUUGUUACUGUGGUUUUAAAUGUAAUUAAUAUAUAUUUUUACUACCUUAAAUAUUUAGAGCCUGAUAACACUGUUUGUGUAUCAACUUUUUUUGUGUGUUUACAAAUCUCUGGCUAUGACCUUAACAAACAGAAGAGUGCUUUGUUUAUGUUGGUUAUGAAAGAAGUCAAAAGUUUUUUACCAGUUAACUGUAAGGUUGAAUUUGUAAUUAUUUAAUAUUUAUAAAUAAAUUUUGUUUACUAACUGCGUUAAAUUAUGUUUUUUUUUGUGUAAAGUCUUAUCAUCAAAAACCUUCAAAUAUUUUACUAAAGUAGGUGUACAGGUAUAUGGAGUGUGAAGUGUUUAUAAGGCUCAAGGACGCAUGUCUUAUUCA